ACAACCAGCACAAACAGAAUCAGAACACAGUGGAACGCGGAAAGCGUACAUACAAAGUUUUUUUUUUUGCGGUGUGCCUUGUGUGGGAGUCUUUUCCCGGCUCUCUAUUUCCUAACUGGUCAUUCGGCGGUGCCACAAAAACAGGGCAUCCUGAAAAUGACAGCCAAGUCCGUGAGUGGUUGUAAUACUACAGAGAGCACACAAUUGCGCAAGCGCGGCGAAAAGCAAUCGCCCGAAGUGUGAUGAACCAAAACACGACCGACCACCACAUCUAAAGUCGGGGCUUUUCCAGAAGAGCCAGAAGCAUAGCAUAGUUCAGUUUAGCAGUGUGCCAUUCCGGAAGUGAACCUAACGCUUAGUAGAGUUUAAGUUGAAGGGAGUUGAGUGAGUGUGUUUUUAAUAGGAAAAAUAUCCAUUCUAAUCACGGUGUCCCGUGGUGUUGCUGGACUAAAAGCAUCAUCGUCACUGCGCGACACAUCGAAACGAUAUGAAUUGAUGUGAUUUGAAAAAACGAUGGUCGUUUUUAGCAGCGGUAGAUGAACACAGACACACACUUCCGGUGUCGCGUGUGACUAGGUAACUGCGACUGCCGCCGCCACCACUUGGUCUCGGUUGGCGUCUUGGCUGGGGUGGAUCAAUCUAGCAUUUUGUGUCCCACACGUGCAACGCGGUGGACGACCAACGGCGAGCCUUCACAAUGUCGGCCGGAUCCGGUGGACUCGGUGGGACGGCCUCGGCCCUGCUGAAAUCACCCCAGACGGCACUGCAGCUGCUGCUGGAGGAAAUCAACUUCCAGCGUACGAAGGAGAUGCGCCAGCUGCUGAAAGACGAUGGUGGCUUCGUCGUCCUGCAGGGCACCACCUACUGGACGGACCUGUUCGUGCGCCACUUUCUCUUCCAAUCGGAACCGGAGCACAGCAUCGACUGCGACGAUCUGCUGUUUUUCGUGCGCAAAAAGCACAUCAAAGGUUCGUCCCGCGCGAUGCCCCGGUACGAGACGGAGAUCGAGGUGUUCCGGAAGGAUUCGCGCAAACUGCCGAUCGGCGAUCCGGACGUCGACUGGGAGGAAACGGUUUACCUCAACCUGGUGAUCCACCAGUUCAACUACACGCUCACACUGGCCAUCUGCACGCGCACCUCGCCGAAGGAGCUGCAGGUGUUGCGGCGCCACUCGCAGAAGGUGUACGCGUCCCCGAGCCGCCGAAAGAUGGACACCAAGGGUGACAGCGAGGAGAUCACCUACCCGCACAUCUGCUUCAUGGUGGACAACUUCGACGAGGUGUUCCACGACAUUCUGGUGCGCGACGGUGAGAUGGUGUGCGUCGAGCUGGUAGCCACCGAUCGGGACGGCAGCGUGCAGGGCGUCAUCUUUCUCGGUUCGAUCCGGUACGAUGCGCUGAAGAAGGUGUACGACGCACGGCAAUCUAGUCUCGGUUCGAAAGUCGCACAACGAAUGUCGUUCGGAUUGUUUAGCUCCGGUGGUCCGCAGACACGGUGCGAGUUUGUACGCAUGAAGGGUCCACAGGGCAAAGGGCACGCGGAGAUGGCGGUCACGAAACCGAAAGGAUCGGGUGUCGAAACACCUACCAGCGAGCCUGGGUUCUGUGCCACUGACAUGUGGGACUCGGAAUGGGAGGAAGACUGCGAGGAGUACUACAACUAUCGGCACCAGCGUCGGCUCAGCGAUCCGAGCGCCAAUCUGAACAACUUUAGCCGCUACGGCUGGCGUACGAAACACCCCGGCGAUCCCGGCUCGUCGUACGGUGGUUCGAAGGCACGCUCCGAAAACGAAGGGCUAGACUGUCUAGCGAACGAAGUGUCCGAGAUCGAGGCAGGCGAUUUGCGUGACGAUCGUCCUGCUUCCUCGUCCGCCAGCGUAUUGGACACGAGCCGCCCACCGGUCCAAGAACGGAAGGGUGGUGGUGGCGGUGGUGGGCUAGUGGAUGGCGAUGGCGACCCACCGAUAGUAGUGCGGCACGAUCGGUGUGCCUUUACGAAAACGUCCACCGAGCGCGUUGAUCUGCUGGCGGGACCCUCGCCGCCGAAAGGUGUCAGCAAGAUUGGAUGCUGCAGUUGCUUCGGUAAUCGAAAGCGCUGGUCCGAUGUGGAGUCGGUCCAGAUGUCGGACGUGUACACACCGUGUCCGCAGUGUGGUACCACCACCGAGCGGGAGGAGGAAGAGGCGGAUGCUAGCGAAUCGGACCGUAAGCGACUCGCGUCGCUCGAACUGCACGAUUCUCCGGCCUGUUUGGCCACGGUUUCUAGGGGCCGUUCGCCGCUGCUGAAGCAUCGCAACGUGCUGAUCGUGGAAAGUGAGCUAGAGUUUGCGGGCGGUGCCAAGGUGCGCCCGAGCACGCCAACGGACAAGGGAACGGUGAAGAAGAAACCGUCGCCGGAAGCGUACGGCACGGUGAAGAGGCGGGAAAACGGUUCGAAGGGGACGCAAAGCCCCAAGAAGCGGCUCAGCACACCGGUGUUUCGGUCGAAGCGUGGCAGCAGUACGGAGGCGGUACAGCAUUCCGAUACGGCCGGCAACAGAUCAAACGUAAAAGCAAAGGCCACCACCACCAAUGCGAUCAACAACAACACCGGGAUGAACAGACGAUCCGCUCCUCCGUCGACCGCUACCGAAGCGACGGAAGCGACCGAAGAGUACGAGAUGGCGGACGAUGCCGUCUCGCUGAACGGUGGCGGUGGUGAUCUGUCGGUCGAUGGGGAAUCGCCGGCCGGUGCGAUCAUUGAUACGAAGCAGCGCAUCCGGGUGAACGGUCGCGAAGAGUUCCCGGCCGAACGGAACAACGGGACGUCGAACGGAAAUGGGAAUCAUCACGGUGGGGUAAAGCAACACACCCCGCCACCGGUAACGGUGGCCAACAUCAAGGAGCAUCGUGAGCGACGAACGUCGAACGGUCGCCCAUCCGGCAAUGGUUCGUCGGCAACGGUCGGCAGCAGUGGUCGCUUUUCGUUGAUCUACCGUAGAAGCAAGUCGUCCUCUGCCAGCCCCGUGGUUGGGGCUAAAAAGGAUGAUAAGAAAGCGAAACCUUCGAUCGUGUCCGAAGCACGGGGAAAAAUAGGUGUGGCGGAUGCGAAGACGAGCGUUGAAAUGCCACCCACCCAACCGGAAGUAGAACCACCCGAGCCAGCGAAACAAACCGAGCUAGAGCAAGCGAACAAACCAGACACGGUGGUGGUACUGGAGCGGGACAUUAACGGCAAUCCGGAUGAGACGGCGGCCAAGACUAACGCGACGGAGCACCACACCGACACGACGACCGAGGAGAACGAGCUGAGCAAUCGUGCCAUAUGGGCGGCUCUGAAGGAAUUGCGCGCCAAGAAGGAAUGCUCCACGCUGCCGAAGGUGAAGAAACCCAGCUACAACAGCUUUUACGCGCGGCCAACAAUCCUUGGCAGUGAAGGGGGUUGCGGUGGGACGGUACCGGCAGGCGGAAGUACGGUGGGACCAGCGACAGCGGCCGGCGGUGCUGCGAAUACGAUUCCGAGACGCCGUACGCCGGAUGGCACCAACAUCUACUACUUGUGCGAUUACCACCCGAAACGGCAUCAGCACGGCACGGGGGAAAAAGAGCUUGACGACGGCGCCUACAAUCCGCUCUGGACAACGAAAGGAUUCACGCAAACGUUCCACUUCUGGAAGGAGAACCGCCGCCAGCAGUCAACGCCAUUGAACGCCUUUCUCACCUACGUCACGUUGCCGUGGUGGAGUAUAGCGAAAGAUCUUUUAGACCACCGGGAGCAACCGAUCCUAACGUUUUAAGCAGCACACGAGGAAUUGGAACGAUAAAACAAAAACCAGGUUGCGACAUCUCAGGACACCUCAUUAACCACACACACACACACUGUUCGCUCGCCGCUGUUCGAUCGAGUACAAUCGGCUGGUGGGCGGGGCAAACGAUCAAACGAAGAAUCGAAGAAACGACUGGUACUGUCCAACAACAUAAGCUUAAGUUUUUGCUUAACUUUUUAGGUUAACAAUUUUGGGUGAUUCUCCGGUGGUAGAGUUCAGUUUUAAAUUCUUUCGAUGCAUCUCGAUCUCUAUUCCCCUGUCACUCUCUCACUCUAGUCAACAAAUCGGGGAAAGCUCCCGAGUGGACAAACAUUCCGGUAAAGGCAAAUACGUUUUGUGAUAAUAUAAUAGAUGCAUCUUCUUCUGAUCAUUCUUUCCCAUUUGCUUCCAAUUUGAAGGCAAUAUUGCUUCUGCCAUACCGGCACAACUUGGAAGAAGGGCAUUUGGUUUUUGGAACAGAAUUAGCUAGGGAUAGGUACGAAUGAAACAAAAAGAAAGGAGCAGAAAGCUUCGAACAGUAUCUUCGAAUCUCAGAUCACCACUAGAAACACGCGUGUACGUGUGCUUGCAUUUCUCAUUUAUAGUAGGACUUAAGUUUCUGUGCCGGCAUGGAAUUGAGCUACGAGUUUUAGGUUAAACUGAGAGAGCAGAGAUCUUCUAUUUUUUUUAGAAUUAAUUUUUAAACCCUACGAAAGGAAGCGACACUGUUUUGAGGUAACGAAGCGGACGAAGGGGACGUUUUUGUGGGUACGAACGAGAAUAAAUAUAAAAAGAUAUUUGCAAAAAAAAA